ACAACGGACUGUCAAUGCGUCAAGGGAGGCUUUUCUUUGUGACACGUUAUCUUUCACUAAGUGUAAAUUCAAGGGUAAACGCAUAUUAGGUACUUUUAAAUUAUUACCUGCGUACAUUCAGCAGGCAUACGCCGGUAACCGGAUUCCUGCUCUUACUUUAUGCUUGAUGACCAAAUGUGGACACAUAUAAAAUGGCUGGCUUUGAGUUUUCAAUUUAACUAUUUUUUCACUUCUGAUUUCCAUCAUCACAUCUUACUCGUGGCCAAUACUUCAUAUGAAACUAGGUCUCUGCCAUGGCAGCUACUAACGAGACCUCCUUUCCUGAAAGAAACAGGGGAUGGUACCAAGAUGACUUAACUGAGAUCAACGGGCCUAUUCGAAAGCUUCUCGAAAAUUACUCUAAAAUACCCAGCUCCGAAGUUGUCAAGCAUGUCAACAGCAUACGAGAACGGGGCUUUGCAGCCAAUCCUUACCCUUGCAUCGGACUCUACCGCUUUACGAAUCUAACCCUACUCAGUCAUCCUUUGUACAACACAAUCAUAGAGCGCCUCAAUGUCGCAAAUGCUACCUACUUGGAUGUCGGCUGUUGCUUUGGGCAAGAUCUGCGCCAACUAGUGCAAGAUGGCGUUCCUUCAGACCGACUCAUCGGCCUCGAUGUCGCAGGGGCUUUGAUGGAUCUUGGCUACGACUUCUUUCUGGAUCGCGAGGCAUUACGCUCAUGCUUCGUGGUAGCUGACGUAUUCAAGGGGGCGGAGCAAGGACCAGUAUGGACGGAUUUAGAGAAACGUGGUGUGGAUGUGAUGCAUUGUAGCGCCUUUUUUCAUCUGUUUACCCUUGAGGACCAGAUUUUCGCGGCGAAAAAUCUUGCGAAACUUAUUAAGAAAGACGGAGUGAUCGUCGGAAGACAAAUUGGCAGCGUUAAGCCCGGAGAUGUGCCCGCCAUCAAGGAUAAAAGCCUUAGCUACAGGCACAACGUAGAUACGUUUAAUAAUAUGUGGCAAAAGGUGGGAGAAGCUACGCAAACGCAAUGGAAGGUUGAGGGCACUAUGGAUAUGAUUGGGAUCAAUAUUAAUAGUCCCGUAGAGAAUGAGGAUAGCCGUCGACUGCUCUUUACCGUAACUAGGAUUGUAUAGACUGGGCCAGUAUCAGAAUAAGUACAAAAUACACUACCAUAUCAAAUGAGAUGACUUAUAUAAGGGUCAUAAAUGCGAGCAUCUAUUACUCGGAACUUGACGGUGUAGACUACGGGGGAUCCGAAAAUUCUAUACAAC